UUGGAUACUUGAGAUAGGAAUUGGGUGCUCUUCUCCUUCUUCCAGCUCAAGGUUUUGCCGCACUCGGGAAUCUUUAAAGCGAUAUCAAUUCCCCCCACCCCUCCUGUUCGGCUGAGCGCGGUUUAACCCAGUGUGAUUCAAUUGCUGUUCUGCCUUUUUGCACUUCCAUUCGGGGAAGAUUUCAUUCCGCUGUUCCUCCUGGAAUUUCUGUGGAUCUUCUGCAUGUUACUUCUUAUAUUUCAGAUCGUUGCAAGAGCAGGAGAUAAGGCGACCGCUGUAUCUCAGAAUCAGGAACUUCAGUGGAAACUAGCGGAGUCUGGUUGGAUGCUCGGAGCGUGGAGGAAUCAGCUGACCUCUGACUCUCAAGUACUUAUAUUUGAUUCGCCUUGUCCAUCUUGAUCCAGAAACAGAUUGGAGCUCCUAAACGAAUUUUUAACUCUUUCUACGGCGGGUCUCCUAAAGGAAUGUAAACUUGUGAACUUGGAGCUCCACCAAGGCACUAAAGCAUAUUUUCCUGAGGAAAAUGAAGAAACAAUUGACAGGCAUACGCGACGAUAAUCCCCUGCAGUCAGCCAUCCGGGCAGGAAAUGUAGAGUUGGCGCUGCAAAUUAUUUCUGAGAACGGAGAUACGGAGUUGAAGGAGUUGCUUUCUAAGCAAAACCACGCUGGUGAAACUGCCCUAUACGUUGCUGCUGAAAAUGGCCGUGUUGACUUGGUGAAGGAAUCGAUCCGGUACCAUGAUAUCAGUAUGGCCAGCGUCAAAGCUAGGAAUGGUUUCGAUGCAUUCCAUAUUGCUGCUAAAAAUGGGUUCCUUGAGAUAUUGAUGGUCCUGAAGGAGGCGAUUCCAGAACUUUCUAUGACUGUUGAUCUGUCAAACACUACAGCGUUGCACACUGCUGCAGCACAAGGACAUAUCGAGAUAGUAAAUUUUCUCUUGGAAAAAGGUAGCAAUCUGAUCACUAUUUCAAAAAGCAAUGGGAAAACUGCGUUACAUUCUGCUGCAAGAAAUGGUCAUGUCGAGGUCGUCAGGGCCCUUCUGAACAGAGAACCUGAAAUUGCUAUGAGAAUUGAUAAGAAGGGUCAGACAGCGCUACAUAUGGCAGUUAAAGGACAAAGUCUUGAGUUGGUGGAAGAGCUUGUGAAAUCAUUUCCGUCUUUGACUAACACCGUUGAUACCAAGGGAAACACUGCACUGCAUGUCGCUACUCGGAAGGGUCGUCUGCAGAUUGUUGGGAAGCUACUAGAGAACAGAGGAACAGAUACAGAUGUCAUUAACAAAUCUGGAGAAACUGCUCUGGACAUUGCGGAGAAAAAUAGACACUUGGACGUUGUCAGCAUUCUGCAAGAUCAUGGAGCUCAGAGUGCCGGAUCCAUCAAGUCACAUUCUACAAACCCUGCCCUUGAACUGAAACGCACAGUGAGUGACAUAAAAAGCGGGGUUCAUAACCAGCUAGAGCACACAAUCAGAACACGAAAGCGCAUGCAAGGCAUAGCCAAACGACUCAACAAAAUGCAGGCUGAAGGGCUUAAUAAUGCAAUCAAUUCUAACACUAUCGUUGCUGUUCUUAUUGCAACAGUUGCUUUUGCUGCCAUAUUCAACAUUCCAGGCCAGUAUCCUGAUCUCCAACACGAAGCACUCCCACCUAGAAUGUCUCUUGGGGAAGCAUAUAUUGCUCCAAAAAUUGGAUUUUUGAUAUUCAUCAUCUUUGAUUCUACCGCCCUCUUCAUAUCCUUGGCUGUUGUGGUUGUGCAAACGUCAGUUGUGGUUAUUGAGAGGGAAGCAAAGAAACAAAUGACAGCGGUUAUAAACAAGUUAAUGUGGUUGGCUUGUGUGCUAAUAUCCGUGGCAUUCAUUGCAAUGUCAUACAUAGUUGUGGGGAAGCAAAAAUGGUUAGCCAUUGCGGCAACGGUUUUAGGGACAGUGAUCAUGGCAGCUACACUGGGAACUCUCGGUUAUUGGGUGAUUGCUCACCGACUUGAGGCCUCCAGACUUCGGAGUCUUAGGAGGUCAACGAUGAGCAGUAGACAGUCUUUGUCUAUGUCUGUGAUGUCAAAUUCGGAGAGUGAGUACAAGACUGUGUAUGCAAUCUGAAUCUCAUGCUAUAAUUUUCGUAUGUGCAGCUUGCCUUCCUGCUU